AUGCAGGGUCGAUUCGAUGGACCCUCUCUGCAGACUUCUUGCGACAUCCUGGACGUUCUUGGCCGUUACCGCAGUAUCCUGCCGUCCAAUGUGGAGGAUCGCUCGGAUGAGGGAAAUCUGAAGUUUCUGUCCAUCAUUUACGGCCAGGUACGAACCCAAAAGGCCAUCCAGUUGGUAUUGCCUGCCUUCCCUUUCAAGUCGCCGAAUCGCAACAGCAAGACUCUAGGGAGUCUACCGGACAAGGGCGAGGAGAUUUCUUUGGCGCAUCUGAACGGACUUUGCGCUGCGAUCGCAGACAUCUACACCCCAGGAGCUAAGUUGACAAUCGCGUCAGAUGGUCUAGUUUACAAUGACCUCUUGGGUGUGCCUGAUCGGGAAGUCUGGGAGUACGGACAGGCACUGCGCGCGAUGGUCCGAGAGAAAGACCUCACGAACAUCGGUUUUGUCCAUCUCCGCGACCUCCUCUACAUGGUCAACGAUAUCCCACUCGACGCGAAGACCUACGAGGAGAGAGCGCCUCAAUUCCGUGAAGACCUUAUUCGCAUCCACACUCCUUCCGACCACGAUGUCAAUGAGCGCAUCGCAUCGGAUGAGGACGUAUGCACGACGUACCGCGGAUACAUCAAGUUCCUUACUAAAGAUCUAGAACACACCAUCGAGGAUAGUUCGAAAAGUCAGCACAAGAAAAAGUGCGAGCAGAUUGCAAAGAAGAUGAUUGUCCGGGGAGCUGCAUUUGCGCAAGCUAUUGCGAAGUCCUUCCCCGAUCAUGUCCGACUGUCUAUCCAUCCGUCGAAUGGGUCGCGCAAGAUUUCGAUUUCGGUUCUCCCGCAGACCAUCUCACCCGUUACUCCGUGGCAUUCGUCGCCUUACUUUUCCGUCGAUGGACACAUGAGGUUUGAGCACCGCGACGCGUUUGAUCGAGACGAGAAGAUAGAACUUGUCUCUCGGAACGGACGACCGUGGUAUUAUCGAGAGAAGAGCGACUUAUACUCAUGGUCCCCUGAUGUGUCUGUCGAGUUCAACUACCCAUGCGGCAUAACCAUCCAAACCAUCAAUGAUGCACGACCAUCGUUCAAGGAUGUAGACAUGCAGAAGCUUCGUCUGCUCGCCCAAGAAAACUCCCCGAUCAUUCUGCGGGGAUUCGCGGACACCCUUGACCGAGACCUCUUUGUCCAAAAGGCCGAAGAAAUGGGGACGCCCUUGGCAUGGAAGUUCGGUCUCAUUCUCGAAGUCAAAGAUCACGGAUCCGACGGAAAGGGGCUGAACAACGUUCUGUCCGCAGAAUGGAUGCCAUACCAUUACGACGGGUUGUUCAAGAUCAAGAAAGAGAUCGACGCCGAUGGCAACGAGAAAGCCAUCUCUCUUCCUCCGAAGUUCCAAAUCUUCACCGCCAUCACUCCCUCCCCAAAAAACACCGGCUACACUCUCUUCGCCCCUUCUCAUCUCGUCUUCGAGAACCUCCCCCCUUCCCUACCCUUGUCAACACUUACCCCUCUAACCUGGACCGUCCGCACCGCCUCCUUCGACGACGCUGCCCUCUCCGGCCUUCCGCUCGUCGUUCCCCACCCUGCAACGGGCCGCCCGUCACUGCGCUACCACGAGCCCUGGCCGCAGGAGAAAACGGCCUUUGAUCCGACCAGCGUCACCAUUGAUGGGGUUGAGGACUCCGAUGCUGUGUGUGCGGUGUUGGAUGGUCUGUUGCAUGAUCGACGAGUCUGCUACUGGCAUACUUGGGAGGAGGGUGAUUUUCUGGUCAGUGAUAAUACUAGCAUGAUGCAUACGAGAAGCUCGUUUGUUAGUUUGGCGGAGAGGUGUUUGAGGAGGAUUCAUGUUGAUUAG